AAAAAUAGAUUGUGAAAUUUAAAACAACUUGAAAAAUUCGAAUUCAAGAGUAAAAAUCCUAUUUAUAAUUUUAAUAUUUUAAACUCAACCGUGGUGGAACAACAAACCGCUUAAAAAUUUGAAAAAACAUAUAUGUAUUGUAUAUAAUAUUAGAUCUUCUUAAAAAAAAAAAUCAACCCUCCUUAUUAAGCCCUGCCACUAAGUCAACUGCUCUUAAUAUAACAAUUCAAGUAGAGUUGGACAUAUAGUAAUAUUCAAUAAUUUAUGUGUAUUAGUUAGUAAGAAUCUAUGGUUGUUAUUGGAACUAAAUUUACGAAAUAUAGUUGAGAACAUUAAUUUCUCUUCCGUACUAAUUAUGUUAUGUACAAAUUAAUUAUUAAAAAAAUAAUUAGAAGAAAAAUCUCCUCAAAGUCUGACAAAGGACCGAAAGCCACGCACGACAGACAAGCAGUUACCCCUCGCAUAACCGUCGCUGUCAUCUUUCCAACAAAAUUCGAGACAGUUGUGUCAAGCGUCUCAUGGUGGCCCCCAACUGACCACUAUAGUACGCCAUAUGACUUAUCAAAAUGCCUAAUGCUUACCAAAUGAUAAGUACCUGUGCUUAUACCUCGUGGGUGCCGCCUUCUAUAUAUGUCAUUACUCAUUAGCUUCUGUCCCCAUCGAUGUAUUUUGGAAAAGAGAGUUAUCUGAAAGAAAUUCAAAGCAAAGAGAAGAGAAUAGAAUAGAAGAGAAGCGAGUGUUGAAACAGUGGUUUGUUCUGUCACUUGCUCCGAUUCUUCUGUGUUCUGCGAGAGCUAAGGAGAUAAAGAACACUUAAUCGUGAUGGCGUCCUCAUUGAGCAAGGAGCUCAUCUAUUUGAUUCUUCAGUUUCUCGAUGAAGAAAAGUUCAAAGAAGCUCUUCACAAACUUGAGCAAGAAUCAGGGUUGUACUUCAACUUCAAGCAUUUUGAGGAGUUGGUGAUGAGUGGGAACUGGGAUGAAGUAGAAAAGUAUCUUUCUGGGUUCACCAAAAUUGAUGACAACAGAUACUCCAUGAAGAUCUACUUCGAAAUUGGAAAGCAAAAGUACCUCGAGGCAUUGGAUGUGUUUGACCGAAAUAGGGCAGUGGAAAUCCUUGUCAAGGAUUUGAAAGUUUUCUCUAAUUAUAAUGAGGAUUUGUUCAGACAAUUUACUCAGCUACUCACAUUAGAAAAUUUUAGGCAGAAUGAUCAACUCUCUUCCUAUAGAGAUACCAAGACUGCAAGAGCCACAUUGUUGGUCGAAGUUAAGAAGCUUAUUGAUACGAAUCCUGUUUUCCGCGAUAAAAUGGUGUUCCCAGACAUAAAGACUUCAAGGCUAAAAAUGCUAAUCAACCAGAGUUGUAGAAAUUCCAACGACCAACUUUCACAGCUGAAUGCAAGCAAUCACCUGAUAGGCUUGGCACCAAGGACUGAUUACUUUCUUUCAACGGCUGCAAAUGGGCCCUUCCUUUCACCAACUACACCAGCUGCACUGGUUCAAACGCCAAUUUCUACAUGGUUGUCUAUUCAAUCAAAUGUAAAUCAUCCAGGAGUUUCAGGAGGGGGUAUUGGCUUUGGUGCUCAAGGCAAACCAGCUGCAAUGGCAAAGGAUCCUGGGGAUUCUGAAGGUGCAAUAAAAAUGAGGUUCCCUGGAGUUUCAGAACCGACUAUUUUCCCAGGAAAUAUUCCAGGUCAAAGUAACAACGAAGUGUUUAAUCCGACUGAUGACUUCCCCAAAACUGUUGCAAGAUUACUAGAUCAGGGAUCUGUUACCACCACCAUGGACUUUCAUCCCACUCAACACACACUACUUCUAGUUGGAAAUAUCGUGGGAAAUAUAAGCUUGUGGGAAGUUAGCUCAAGGGAAAAGUUUAUGUCACGAAGUAUUCAGGCUGGUAUGAUUAAGCGAGUUUUAUGGACCCUCGAUGGUAGUAUAUUUGGAGUUGUAUUUUCUAAAAACAUCAUGCAGCUGUAUCAUUAUCGUGGUAUAAAUGACAUUCGACAGCACUUGGAGAUUGAUGCCCAUGUUGGCAGUGUAAAUGAUCUUGCAUUCUGUAAACCAUCCAUGCAACUAUGUGCUAUAACCUGUGGUGAUGACAAGACCAUUAAGGUGUGGAAUGUGGCUACUGGUGCAAAGCUGUAUACCUUUGAAGGCCAUGCUGCUCCUGUUCAUUCAGUGUGUCCUCAUAACAAGGGGAGUGUUCAUUUUGUCUUUUCAACAUCAGUGGAUGGGAAAAUAAAAGCAUGGUUAUAUGACCAGGAGCGAUCUAGAGUUGAUUAUGAUGCUCCUGGUCGAUCAUGCACAACGAUGGCUUAUAGUACAGACGGAAAGAGACUUUUCUCAUGCGGGACAAGCAGAUAUGGGGAAUCUUAUGUUGUUGAAUGGAAUGAAGUUGAAGGUAUUGUAAAGAGAACCUACCAAGGGUUUUGUAAACCUUCUUCAGGUAUUAUUCAGUUUGACACAACCAAGAACCGGUUCUUGGCUGUUGGAGAUGACUUUGCUAUCAAAGUGUGGGAUAUGGAUAGUGUCAACUUGUGGACUACUAUUGAUGCUGAGGGAUACUUACCAGCGAGUCCACGUAUCCGCUUCAACAAGGAGGGAUCACUAUUAGCAGUUUCUGCAAAGGACAAUAUAAAGAUCUUAGCAACAGUAGAUGGUCUUCACUUGAUGCGAACAUAUGAAAGUCAUUCUCUACUGGCCUCAAGAGUUGCAUCUGAAACUAUGAUGAUGAAUUGUGGCACAAGAAGCAUUGAGGAUGUGAAGACAAGAUUAAUUGAACAAGCCAAUUCAUCAAGAAUGUCGAAGCAUACUGAGAUCAGUGAAAAUUCUGAGCUUCGGUCCUUAAGACUCCCAACUAUGGCUAACAUAGACAAUAUCUCAAGGUUGAUUUACACAAACUCAGGUUCUGUCCUCUUGGCAUUAGCAUCAACUGCCAUUCAUUUGUUGUGGAGGUGGAAUCGAAAUGACCAGAACUUAAGUGGCAAGGCAACAACCAAGCUUCCUCCUCACUUGAUGCAACCAACAUCAGGCACACUAAUGACCAAUGACUUGACUAAUGUUAAACCUGAAGAGACGGAAUCGUGCUUGGCUCUUUCCAAGAAUGAUUCUUAUGUCAUAUCAGCUUCUGGUGGGAAGAUAACUUUGUUCAAUAUGGUGUCGUUUAAGAAAAUAACAAGUUUCAUGUGUCCGCCGCCAGUGGCUACUUAUCUUGUUUUCCACCCCCAAGAUAAUAACAUAAUUGCUGUUGGCUCGGAUGAUUCUACUAUUGAAAUUUACAAUGUCCAAACAGAUAAUGUCGGGAAAAAGCUUAGGGGUCAUUCCAAAAAAGUUACUGGUCUUGCUUUUUCCAUUGAUCUGAACACACUCAUUUCUUCAGGAGCAGAUUCUCAGAUUAUCUCAUGGAACACUGAUAGUUGGGAAAGACAAAAUAGCACUUUCUUGCAGACUCCAGCUGGAAGGACGUUGACAGCAAUGUCAGACACACAAGUGCAGUUUCAUCAGGACCAGAAACACUUCCUUGUCGUACAUGAGACACAGCUAUGUAUAUACGAAGCCUCGAAACUUGAAUGCAUACAGCAGUGGGUGGCAGGGGAGUCUUCAUCUCCAAUUUCUCAUGGAACAUUCUCAUGCGAUAACCAGUUAGUGCUCACCUGCUUUCUCAAUGGAGCAAUCCGCAUAUUCACCGCUUCAACUCUUCAACUACAAUGCCAGAUCAACCCCACGGCAUAUCUUCCGGCCAAUGUCACUAUUCGUCCAAGAGUACUGGUGGCACAUCCACUAGAGAUGAACCAGUUCGCUGUAGGGUUAUCUGAUGGUGGAGUUAUUGUGUUAGAACCACUGGAGUCAGAAGGCAGAUGGGGUGUUGUUCCACCUACUGAAAAUGGUGUUCAUGCAACUAGAGGUGCACAUGCUGCUGCUUGUUCGGACCAAGGAAAUUAGUGUCAGUUACUUUUAGUGAACUCAAAAUUCGGAAACUAAUGUUGGGUUAGAUUUUUGUGUUUAGAAUUUCUAAUUUUUUUUUAGCUAGAAUAAUUUCAUUUUUCAUUAGUUUUUUUCUUCUUUUUUUGUAGCAAUAAAAACUUCAUUGAAAAUGAUCAAAAUGUAUGACUAAUAAAGGUCCCUUAGUUUUC